CAACUGCCAUCCACAUCACCAUCGACGACGACCACGAUGGCAGCAGCGACAGCGUCAACAUCCGCGGCUGGGGCGGGCAAUGAGCAGCCGAACACGAGCUUGUAUGUCCACAACCUCAACACCAAGACGAAGAAGCCAGAGCUCCGACGCCAACUCUAUUCCCUCUUCAGCACAUAUGGGCCGGUCAUCAGCAUCGUAGCCACCCGCGCAGCCGGCAUGCGAGGGCAAGCCUUUGUAGUCUUCCGUGAUCUCUCCUCCGCUACGGCAGCCCGUCGCGCCCUGGACGGAUUCGAGUUCUACGAGCGGGGCCUCCGCAUCGAGUAUGCGAGGGAGAAGAGCAAAGCCACCCUGCUUGAGGAGAGGGGACCUGAAGGAAUCUGGGAUGUGCAGGCGCAGGUACAAGCAGGCAAGAAGGACAGGGUGACCUAUUCGAGCGCAGGCGCGGAUAGGGUGGGGAGGGAGCGUAAGAGGGCUCGAGAGGAGGCGAGGGAGAGGGGCGAGAAGGUGAAGGAGGAUGAGAGUGAUGAGGACGAAGAAGAGGAGGAAGAUGAUGAGCCGCCAGCUAAAGCUGCGAAAGUCGCAGAGAAUGGGGAUACCGCUGCACCUCCACCUCAGCCGGCGGCUGGUGGGCAAGAAGAGGAUGAGGAGGACGAGGAUGAGAUGGACAUGGCAGACUCGGAUUCCGACGAUGAGACUGGACCCAAGCCACCGCCGGCGUAGAUGAGCUGCGCUCAGAGGAGAAGAUGUCGACGCCUAGGAGGAAACCAACACUGUACAAUACCCAAGAUCUUUCACCGUAGCGUCGGGUUGGAGAGGGAAGGCUGUGCGACGUGCGUUGCUCUAAGCUGGCUGGUCUUUGAAAGGACGGUGCGCAACCGUUAUCCAAGCCGAGAACUAGCAACGCCACGCAAGCAGACGUGGCUAGUGCCCCUCACGACUUCGCUGAGGCUCACAAGAAGACGAUGACGAUGCUCGCGAGAGCCUGCUUCACGCAACCAUCGACGCAACGCCAGUCAAGAGAGCAAGAAGAUGACAUUUGAAGUCUGUCUGAGAUCGCUAGCGAGAGCUCUCUUUGGUCGGGAAAGACGAAACAAGAACAACAUAGUAGACAAGCUGAGAUGUGAUACACUGAGAGACU